ACCGUCUGAUUUUUUUUUUAAUUACAUCUCCGUUUGUUUUUUUUUUCAAAUUGUCUCCUCACUUCAGAAUCAGAUCCAACCUAACCUAGCUCUUUUCUUCGUCGUCUUCAUCUCCUCCGGCAUCGAAUUUUUCUUCACCGGAUCCGUUUGAUCUGAAGAUCUAAACGAUGUUUCUAUUCGAUUGGUUCUAUGGGAUUCUCGCGUCGCUUGGUCUCUGGCAGAAGGAGGCCAAGAUUCUCUUUCUCGGCCUCGAUAAUGCCGGGAAAACCACUCUUCUUCACAUGCUUAAAGACGAGAGAUUGGUGCAGCACCAGCCGACACAGCAUCCGACAUCGGAGGAACUGAGCAUUGGGAAGAUCAAAUUCAAGGCUUUCGAUUUGGGUGGUCACCAGAUCGCUCGCCGUGUCUGGAAGGAUUACUAUGCUAAGGUUGAUGCAGUCGUGUACUUAGUGGAUGCCUAUGACAAGGAAAGGUUUGCGGAGUCAAAGAGAGAACUCGAUGCCCUUCUCUCGGAUGAAGCCCUAGCUAGCGUUCCUUUUCUCAUCCUCGGAAACAAGAUCGAUAUCCCGUAUGCAGCCUCGGAAGACGAGCUCAGAUACCACCUCGGCUUGACCAACUUCACUACUGGGAAAGGAAAGGUUGUUCUGGCAGAGGAUUCCGGGGUUCGCCCUCUCGAAGUUUUCAUGUGCAGCAUCGUCAGAAAGAUGGGUUACGGAGACGGGUUCAAGUGGCUCUCUCAAUACAUCAAGUAAGGGUUUUUCCUUUUUUCAAGUGGCCAAUUCUUCAUGGUGGUCUCUCUGGCUUAGGACGAGGAAGUCAGAAGAGACAAAAAGACAGACCAGAGACUUGCUUGUAGUGUCUGUGUUUUUGCCCCCCGUUGGAUUUGGAGGAGAUUUGCUUGUAAUGACGUUGGGUUCUUUGAAUAAUCGAGAUGAUUUCCGUACGUA